AUGACUCUUCUCUUUCUCUUUCUCUUCCUCUUACCCUUCCCUUCCCAUUCCCGCAACCCGAACACUUCCACUUCAACUCAACAAUCCUUUCUCAAUUGCCUCAACUCCUCUUCCUUCCCCUCCGAUCUCAUCUUCACCCGAGCCAACAAAAACUACACAGUCCUUCUCUACUCCUCCAUCCAAAACCUCAGAACUCUAACUAAAUCCCCCAAACCACUCCUCAUCCUCACCCCAAAGCAAGAAUCCCAUGUUCAAUCUGUUGUUUCAUGCUCAAAAACACACAAUAUCCUCUUAAGAAUUCGUAGUGGUGGCCAUGACUACGAGGGCCUCUCAUAUGCAUCAACUUUAAGAAAUGCCUUUGUAAUAAUUGACCUCCAAAAGUUUAGCUCUAUAACUAUUGAUUCAUCAGGGAACACAGCUUGGGUUCAAGUUGGCGCUACUUUAGGAGAACUAUAUUAUGCCAUUGCUAUGAAGAGUAGAGUUCUUGGAUUUCCUGCGGGUUCUUGUCAUACAGUGGGAGUUGGUGGCCAUCUCAGUGGUGGAGGAUUGAGCAUUAUUAUGAGAGCAUAUGGUAUUGCAAUUGACAAUAUCAUUGAUGUUAUAAUUGUGAAUGCAAAUGGUAAAAUUCUUGAUAGGGAAGCUAUGGGUGAAGAUCUUUUUUGGGCUUUGUGAGGAGGAGGAGGAGCAAGCUUUGGGGUCAUAUUAUCUUAUAAGAUAAAGCUAGUUCAAGUUCCACCUAAGGUCACGAUCUUCACCAUUUCAAAAACACUUGAAGAAGGAGCAACAAAGCUGGUUAGCAAGUGUCAAGAUAUAACUUACAAACUUGAUAAAAGACUAUUUUUGGAAUUAAUCAUUGAAACGGUGAAUGAUGAUAACAAAAAUAAAACAGUUAAAGUUACUUUCAGCCCCUUGUUCCUUGGUGGAAUGGUAGCUGAAUUCUCUGAAACUGAGACUCCAUUUCCUCAUAGAAAGGGAAGCUUGUAUGAUAUACAAUAUAUUACUCAAUGGACUGAAGCUGGGAUGGAAACAACACAGAAGUACUUGAAAUGGAUGACAAAGUUUUAUGAGUUUAUGACUCCUUAUGUUUCCAAAAAUCCAAGAGUUGCUUAUUUUAAUUACAGAGAUUUGGAUUUGGGUGUUAAUAGAGAAGGGAACACAACUUAUAUAGAAUCUAGUGUUUGGGGUGAAAAGCAUUUCAAAGAUAAUUUUAAGAGAUUGACACAAGUCACGGUCUUCACUAUUUCAAAAACACUUGAAGAAGGUGCAACACAGCUGGUUAGCAAGUGUCAAGAUAUAGCUUACAAAGUUGAUAAAAGACUAUUUUUGGGAUUAAUCAUUGAAACGGUGAAUGAUGAUAACAAAAAUAAAACAGUUAAAGUUACUUUCAGCCCCUUGUUCCUUGGUAAAAAACAAGAACUUGUUUCCAUCUUAGAACAAAUAUUUCCAGAACUAAAAUUGGAAGAAAAAAAUUGUAUUGAAAUGAGUUGGAUUGAAUCAGUUUUGAGCUUUGAUGAUUACUCUUUUACUUCACCAUUAAAUGUCCUACUUGAUAGAAAGCCAUGGUCGAACACAACAUCCUUCAAGAACAAAUCAGAUUUUUUAACAAGACCAAUAAAUGAAGAAGAAUGGAAGAAAAUAUUUAGAUUUCUUCUUGAGGGGGAUCAUUGGCUCAUGAUGAUUAUUGGCCCUUUAAGUGGAAUGGUAGCUGAAAUCUCUGAAACUGAAACUCCAUUUCCUCAUAGAAAGGGAAGCUUGUACAAUAUACAAUAUAUUGCUCAAUGGACAGAAGAUGGGAUGGAAACAACACAAAAGUACUUGAAAUGGAUAAGAAAGUUUUAUGAGUUUAUGACACCUUAUGUUUCCAAAAAUCCAAGAGGUGCUUAUCUUAAUUACAGAGAUUUGGAUUUGGGUGUUAAUGGAGAAGGGAACACAACUUAUCUGGAAUCUAGUGUUUGGGGUGAAAAGUAUUUCAAAGAUAAUUUCAAAAGGCUGGCACAAGUGAAAAGUGCAGUUGAUCCGGGAAAUUUGUUCAGAUAUGAACAAAGCAUUCCUCUACUCUUUUAA